GUGUCUGGGGCCAAUUGUUCUGGAGAACCACAUUACCCAGAAGCCUCUGCGCCUUGCUUGGUGGCACUCUUAAAAGCGCGCGGAAGGCGACUGGGCGGGACUUCCGGUGUCUUCCCCGCGGCGGACAUUUUGUCCGCUCUCGGUGGGCCGCUCGGACUAGAGCCUCGGGGUCGCUGGUUCGGCCCGGAGUGGCGGAAGCGGGAGGACACGGGAGGAGACUCUGUGCUCGCCGCAGGGAGGCUCGGCGGUGGCAGCGCCCGCGAAGGCUCCGCUGCCCGCGACGGCGGCGCGCGGGUCCCGACCUGGGACUCCUCACGGCCCCGUAUGGUCCUCCAGAUUGUGAUGGCGGCCGCGGUUGGUGGAUCCGGCCUAGGUUAUUGGUGCACGGCGAAAGAUGAAGAGGCACCUUCUGAGCAGACCGUUUCUUUAGGAAUCUCCCAUGAUAGCAUUUCCAAGGCAGGUUCAUCAACCCAGAUGGCUCACGCUUGUGACAUUUGUGGCCCCAUCGUGAAAGACCUCUUACACCUGGAUGAACACCAGGAAAUAUGCCAAGGACUGAAACCUUACACCUGCGGGGCAUGUGGGAGACAGUUUUUGUUCAGUGCAAACUUUCACCAGCAUCAGAAGCAGUACAGUGUAGAGAAACCUGUCAGAAGAGACAGAGGCAAGACCUCAUCUGGGAAGAACUGUAGGGUUUGUGAAGAACCUCACCUGUCGGGAAAGCCCUUUCUGUGUGAGGAGCAGUGGAGCCUCCAGGCCAGUCUGGGCAGUCACCAGCGACAGGCCACCCACAGCAAGAAGAAGAGGAGGACUGGGAGCGGGGAGGCCUCUCACAGCGGACAGAUGCAGUACAGCUGCAGCGAAUGCGGGAAGGCCUUCAACCGCAAAGACACGCUUGUCCAGCACCAGAGAAUCCACACCGGAGAAAGGCCCUACGAGUGCAGCGAAUGCGGGAAGGCCUUCAGCCGCAAAGCCACACUUAUCCAGCACCAGAGAAUCCACACCGGAGAAAGGCCUUACGAAUGCAAAGAAUGUGGGAAAGGCUUUAGCCGCAAAGACAAUCUUACUCAGCACAAAAGAAUUCACACCGGAGAAAUGCCUUACAAGUGUAGCGAGUGUGGAAAAUACUUUAGCCAUCACUCCAACCUCAUCGUACACCAGAGAGUUCACAAUGGAGCGAGGCCUUAUAAGUGUAACAACUGUGGGAAAGUCUUCAGACACAAAUCCACACUUGUUCAGCAUGAGAGCAUCCAUACUGGAGAAAAUCCUUACGUUUGUAGUGAUUGUGGGAAAUCCUUUGGCCACAAGUACACCCUCAUUAAACACCAGAGAAUUCACACUGAGGCAAGGCCUUUUGAGUGCAUCGACUGUGGGAAAUUCUUUAGUAGAAGCUCUGACUUUAUUGCACACCAGAGAGUUCACACAGGGGAAAGGCCAUUUGUGUGCAGCAAAUGUGGGAAAGAUUUCAUCAGAACAUCCCACCUUGUUAGGCACCAAAAAGUUCACACUGGAGAAAGGCCAUAUGAGUGCAACGAAUGUGGGAAAGCCUAUAGUUUAAGCUCCCACCUCAUUCGGCACCAGAAGGUUCACACUGCAGGACGGCUUUAGGAGUGCUUUCAACACAACAGGACUUGUAUGGAGAGGGGCUUUGUGAUUGCCCUUGGAGAGGAAGACACCAGUCAGAUGUUGAACCUCAUGUAUCUGAACAUUAUUAGCACUGGGGAGGGACCUUAAGGAUGCCAGGUACAGGGACACUUUCAUGGGUUGCGUUGCACUUGCAGACCUGCUCAGGUCCUUGCCAAAUUUGCCACCCAAUGUCUGUGGCAGAAACCAUCUCAGUUCUACCAGCUUCGUUUCUGUAUGUCCUCAGGGACACCUCCAGUCUCUGGAGGAAAUUAUGAGAAUCCUGAAUUGAAUGGGGUUCCUCAUUCCCUCCCCACUGACUGGUAAAGGUGUGGACUUCACCCAUCUUUAGCCAAGAGGACCUGAGCUGUGUUCUGGAGGCUUACAGAAGAGCUUUACUUUCUUCAUGGACAUUGUUGGCCUCAUGUGGUACAUGUGACACAUUUUUCUCCGAGUCACCCCACCUGGAGAACCACUUGUCUUCCGUUGCUCUGGUCUCUGUGAUAAUAAAGACAUUAUUUAAACCAU